GCGGCGGGGCCCGGCCCGCGGCGGCGGCGGCAAAGGGGCGGAGGGGUACUCUGCCAGCAGUUGCCAAGCUGCUGCGGUCGUGGCGGGAUGGUAUAGCCGGGCCUGAGGGCGGGCGGCGGGGUGCGGGCGGGGGCGAGGCGGCCGGGAAGGGCCGACGCCGCCUGACUGGCUUGGGAGCAGCAGCAGCAAGCUGAGGGGGCGUCGCCGCCGCCGGCCCCCGGCGCCGCCGCGGGAGGCCGCGCCCGCCAUGGCGGCCCGGGCGGUACUGGACGAGUUCACGGCGCCAGCCGAGAAGGCGGAGCUGCUGGAGCAGAGCCGCAGCCGUAUCGAGGGCCUGUUCGGCGUAAACCUGGCCGUGCUCGGCGCGCUAGGGGCUGAGGAGCCGCUGCCCGCGCGCAUCUGGCUGCAGCUCUGCGGGGCGCAGGAGGCGGUGCACAGCGCCAAGGAAUAUAUUAAAGGAAUCUGUGAACCUGAACUAGAAGAAAGAGAAUGUUACCCCAAAGACAUGCACUGCAUUUUUGUUGGGGCAGAGAGCCUGUUUCUGAAAAGCUUGAUUCAGGAUACUUGUGCUGACCUCUGCAUUCUGGACAUUGGCCUUCUUGGCAUCAGAGGAAGUGCUGAGGCCGUGGUCAUGGCUAGGAGUCACAUUCAGCAGUUUGUAAAGCUCUUUGAAAAUAAAGAGAACCUACCCAGUAGUCAGAAAGAAUCAGAGGUGAAAAGGGAAUUCAAACAAUUUGUUGAAGCCCAUGCAGACAAUUACACAAUGGAUUUGCUGAUUUUGCCCACUUCCUUGAAAAAAGAACUUUUGACACUCACACAAGGUGAGGAGAAUCUCUUUGAAACAGAUGAUGAUGUUACUGAAAUUAGAGAUUCUCAACAAACAGAGUUUACACAGAAUGCUGCCACAGGGCUGAAUAUUUCCAGAGAUGAAAGUGUUUUGCAGGAAGAGGCAAGAAAUAAAGCUGGGACUCCUGUUUCUGAGCUUACAAAACAAAUGGACACAGUCCUUUCUAGCUCACCAGAUGUGCUUUUUGAUCCAAUAAAUGGUCUAACCCCAGAUGAAGAGGCACUUUCCAAUGAGAGAAUUUGUCAGAAAAGGAGAUUUUCUGAUUCUGAAGAAAGGCAUACCAAGAAGCAGUUUUCUUUGGAAAAUGUUCAGGAGGGGGAGAUUUUACAUGAUGCUAAGACAUUGGCUGGAAAUGUAAUAGCUGACCUAUCUGAUUCUUCUACUGAUUCUGAAAAUUUAAGUCCAGAUAUAAAAGAAACUACUGAGGAAAUGGAAUACAACAUCCUCGUAAACUUUUUUAAAACCAUGGGCUAUUCCCAAGAAAUUGUUGAAAAAGUCAUUAAGGUGUAUGGACCAUCUACUGAACCAUUAUUGCUCUUAGAGGAAAUUGAAAAAGAAAAUAAAAGAUUCCAAGAAGACAGAGAAUUUUCAGCUGGUACAAUGUAUCCGGAGACCAACAAAACCAAAAAUAAAGGUGUUUAUAGCAGCACAAAUGAGCUUACAACUGAUUCCACUCCAAAGAAGACACAGACUCAUGCACAGCAAAAUAUGGCAGAAAAAUUUUCUCAGUUACCAUUCAAAGUGGAAGCUAAACCAUGUACCUCAAAUUGCAGAAUUAAUACUUUCAGAACAGUGCCAAUAGAACAGAAACAUGAAUUCUGGGGUUCAAACCAGAACUACAUUUGUAACAUAGACCCUGAAACUGAUGGCCUUUCACCUUCUGUUGCCUCUUCAAGUCCCAAAGAAGUCAAUUUUGUUUCAAGGGGAGCUUCAAGUCACCAGCCCAGAGUUCCAGUUUUUCCUGAAAAUGGUUUACACCAGCAGCCAGAACCCUUGCUUCCAAAUAAUAUGAAAUCUGCCUGUGAAAAACGUUUAGGAUGUUGUAGUUCUCCUCAUUCUAAGCCAAAUUGUUCAACCCUUUCUCCACCAAUGCCACUGCCCCAGCUGUUACCUUCAGUUACUGAUGCAAGGUCGGCAGGACCUUCUGAUCAUAUUGAUUCCUCAGUUACUGGGGUUCAAAGGUUUCGAGAUACUCUAAAAGUACCCUACAAGCUGGAGUUAAAAAAUGAACCAGGGAGAACAGAUUUGAAGCACAUUGUUAUAGAUGGGAGCAAUGUUGCAAUUACCCACGGUCUGAAAAAGUUCUUUUCUUGUCGUGGAAUUGCAAUUGCUGUUGAAUAUUUUUGGAAGCUUGGCAACAGAAACAUCACUGUAUUUGUCCCUCAGUGGAGAACAAGGCGUGAUCCUAAUGUCACAGAACAGCACUUCUUAACCCAGCUCCAGGAGCUCGGAAUAUUAUCUUUAACUCCUGCCCGGAUGGUCUUUGGAGAAAGAAUUGCUUCUCAUGAUGACAGGUUUCUACUACACUUAGCGGACAAAACUGGUGGUAUAAUUGUGACAAAUGAUAAUUUCAGAGAAUUUGUGAAUGAGUCAGUCUCUUGGAGAGAAAUUAUUACAAAAAGGCUGCUGCAGUACACGUUCGUAGGGGACAUAUUUAUGGUUCCUGAUGAUCCUCUGGGAAGAAGUGGACCUCGAUUAGAGGAGUUUCUUCAGAAGGAAGUCUGUCUUAGAGAUAUGCAGCCCCUACUCAGUGCCCUGCCAAAUGUGGGCAUGUUUGACCCCAGCUUCAGAGUCCCUGGCACCCAGGCAGCCAGCACCAGCCACCAGCCUCCGACCCGGAUUCAGGGAGCCCCUUCAAGUCACUGGCUCCCUCAGCAGCCCCACUUCCCACUGCUGCCAACCCUCCCCAAUCUCCAGCAGAACCUGCCCAUGCCAGCUCAGCGAUCUUCUGCAGAAACCAACGAGCUGCGGGAAGCCCUUCUGAAGAUCUUCCCUGACUCAGAGCAAAGACUGAAAAUAGACCAGAUCCUGGUGGCCCACCCAUACAUGAAAGAUCUAAACGCGCUCUCUGCCAUGGUGUUGGAUUGAAGAUUGUGCCGAGAAGCUUGCGCUCAGGGCUGGCUGAUCAAACUCAAGCUCACACCUGUACCUGAUGGGAAUGUGAAGAAACUUAUUUCCCGGUGUAAACGCAGUUGUAUAGAAAAAAAAUGUUUUGUGUAUAAAUCUGGGUUUUCAAAACCAGCUUUUUUCUAUAUAUAAAUUAUGCUGCUAUUACAGAUUUAACAUUUUCUGUUAAAGGAAAGUCUACAUUUUCUGCCUGUUCAGAACUGUUUAAUAGCAGUUACUCUUGAGUGUAUUUACCUUUUUAUGUUUUUUAAACUAUUUUCCUUAAAGCCGAAAAUAUUGACAAAUGGAUACGGUUAGCCUUUAUAAAUAAAUAAAUAAAAAAAAAGAGUUGCUUUCUUAAGCAACUUAAGCAAGACCUCUUAAAGUAUA